CUUUUGCACACCUAGUUUAGUGGCAACUCUUAUCAUUUGUGGCGUUGUGGUCGCAAUUUUCAUUUUCGCACAUUUUUUCCGCUGCAUCACCAAACAACAAUUCUCUACUUGGCGUGAGAGUACACAGGCAUAAUUCUAUUGUUUUGGCGGGAGUUCAUUGUUGCUUUUGCUUGUUAUACUUGUUGUGUAUUGUUAAACAGGAAAUUAGAAAUUUUGUUUUAAACCAAUCGAACUAUGGUGGAUCGCAGCGAUAAUGCGGAGUCAUUUGACGAUGCCGUUGAAGAACGCGUCAUUAAUGAAGAGUAUAAGAUAUGGAAAAAGAAUACCCCAUUCCUGUAUGAUUUGGUUAUGACCCAUGCCUUGGAGUGGCCUUCAUUGACGGCCCAAUGGCUACCCGAUGUUACCAAACAGGAGGGAAAAGAUUAUUCAGUUCAUCGUUUGAUUUUGGGUACCCACACGUCAGAUGAACAAAACCACUUGUUAAUAGCCAGCGUACAGUUGCCCAGCGAAGAUGCACAAUUUGAUGGCUCCCAUUAUGACAAUGAAAAGGGAGAAUUUGGUGGUUUUGGUUCGGUGUGCGGUAAAAUUGAAAUCGAAAUAAAAAUCAAUCAUGAGGGAGAAGUAAAUAGAGCUCGUUAUAUGCCGCAGAAUGCUUGUGUUAUUGCAACUAAAACACCCUCAAGUGAUGUAUUGGUGUUUGAUUACACCAAACACCCAAGUAAGCCAGAACCUUCGGGAGAAUGUCAACCAGAUUUGCGACUGAGAGGGCAUCAGAAGGAAGGCUAUGGCUUAUCGUGGAAUCCCAACCUAAAUGGAUAUCUGUUGUCGGCCUCAGAUGAUCACACUAUAUGCUUGUGGGAUAUAAAUGCCACGCCCAAGGAACAUCGUGUCAUUGAUGCCAAAAACAUAUUUACGGGACACACGGCUGUGGUUGAGGACGUCGCUUGGCAUUUGCUGCAUGAAUCCUUAUUUGGUUCAGUGGCCGACGAUCAAAAGCUCAUGAUUUGGGAUACUCGUAAUAAUAACACAUCAAAGCCCUCUCACACAGUUGAUGCCCAUACGGCGGAAGUGAAUUGUCUUAGCUUCAAUCCUUAUUCUGAAUUUAUUUUGGCCACAGGAUCUGCUGAUAAGACUGUUGCUUUAUGGGAUCUACGAAAUCUGAAAUUAAAACUACAUUCCUUCGAAUCUCACAAGGACGAAAUUUUCCAAGUCCAGUGGUCUCCCCAUAAUGAAACAAUUCUGGCUUCAUCGGGCACUGACCGUCGUCUGCACGUCUGGGAUCUAUCUAAGAUAGGCGAAGAACAGAGCGCCGAAGAUGCCGAGGAUGGACCUCCAGAAUUGCUUUUUAUACAUGGAGGACAUACAGCCAAAAUAUCAGACUUUUCAUGGAAUCCCAAUGAGCCUUGGAUCAUCUGUUCCGUAUCCGAGGACAACAUAAUGCAAGUUUGGCAGAUGGCUGAGAACGUUUACAAUGAUGAGGAACCAGAAAUACCGGCCUCUGAGUUAGAAGGUGGCACCGUUUAAAUACAUGUAUGCACACAAAGGUGGCAGGCAGUUUUGAAAAUUGUCUUUGUAACAGUUAUUGUAAGUUAGGAACUCAAUUUGUAGUGAGAGUAUUUUUUUGUAUUGAAACACAGUCUAUCUGCAGCAGCAUAUUAAGCAAAUAAAUUAUUUUAAACUCGAA